AUGCCUAUCUCUUACGACAAGUGGGACAAACUCGAAGUCUCCGAUGACUCCGAUGUCGAAGUUCAUCCCAACGUCGACACCAAGAGCUUCAUUCGAGCAAAACAACGCCAGAUCCACGAACAGCGUGCUCAGCGUAAAGUCGAAAUCGAGACCCUCAAAUACGAACGCAUCAUCAAUGAUGGUCUAUUAGAAAGAAUUAAUGCCUUGCUCGAUGCCCUCAAGAAACAUCAAGACGAAGCACUCACCAAAAACCCUGAAGAACUCGUCUUUCAAUCAUUGAUCGAGAGCGCCGGUGACCCCUCUAAAGAUGAACCACCAAAGCCCCCAGAGGGUGUCUACACCCACCAAAAAGAGCCCCAGCCCCGGUAUUCAAAGAUGAUGGGUGCUUUAGUCGACCAGGUCAAGAAGGAAGUCGACGAGAAGAGUAGUAACGACAGGUACAAAGAUUUUGUCGUGGGCAUCAACGGUCAUCUCGAAAAAGUCCAGAAACUACAACAAGACCUGUUAAAGCGUCUCGCCACGCUGGAACAGGAAGCCGUUGCCAAGAUUACUAGCGAGGAUAUUCAUGAUGGCUUCAAUUCUUCUUUUGUUACCAAGUCUAAACCUGCUGCUCUGCCGGCCGAGAAAUCCAAAGCACCACCCAAGAAGAAAAAGACUGAGAACGUGGAGCUCUUGAACAAGCCCUUGGGCCUCAGCUCCACCACUCGUGACGCUCUCAAAUCUGCCGAGGGCGGUGUCUCAUCGGGUGCAGAAGCUGAUAUCGAGGAUGAUGCCCUCUUAGAAAAGCAUGAGGGUGACGACGACGACGACGAGGAAUCUGAAAGCAACCUCAAACUCACGCCGGAAGGCAAACAAUUUGCGCAGAUCAAACUUGGCGACUACCGGGCCAGUCUGCAAUUCAUCUCCCAGCAUCCGGACAUUGUGAACGAACGUACACAGGACGCCUUGAUGAUCGAGGCUUUCAAUGCACAGAUGAAUGGUCAAGAGACCUACGCCCGAGGCUGUGUUCAUCAGAGCCUACUGGUCCAAUAUUGCCGCCAAUUGGGAAGGGAUGGAGUGGGAGUGUUCUUCAAGAGAAUCACCACCAAGGGUCAUCAGGCCCAGCAAGUAUUCAACAAGGAUCUGAACGAAACAUACGCACGAAUCAAAAACCGAGCGGCAGAACUGAAAAAAGAAGAAGCCAACGAUCCGGCCGGUGUGGAGCAGAUACAACUCCACGCCGUUGAGCCUGGAACUGAGAUCCACAUCAAUGUUCCCGAAACCAACUCCGAGGAUCCAGUCGAGCAGCAAGCUCGGAAAAUCUUCGAUAACUUUCCUCCAGGCCUUCAACGAGCACUUGAGUCCGGCAGUCUAGACCAAGUGAAUCUUGUCCUGGGCAAGAUGAGUGUCGAGGAAGGAGAAGAGAUUGUGGGGCUCUUAGGUCAAGGAGGAAUGUUGAGCUUGCAGGAAGGGGUGAUUGACGCAACAAAUGAAGAGGGCCAGAAACUUCUCAAGCAAAUUGAGGAAGAUGAGAAAAGGAAGAAAGAAGAGUUGGCCAAGGGCAAGAGUGUGGAAGAAGUGGGAGAACCUGGCGAGGCUGUGGAGACGGUGGCCGUCAGAUGA